AUGGCGUCGAAGUCCAGCGUGACUCAAGCAAUCGUAGCCCAUCCCCCAAUUGAUGGGAUAAGGCAAUGGCGGUACGAAAAUGUCAAUAUAGGACGGCCGGCCGAUUAUGAGGCCAUCGUUGAGAUCACUGCAUCAGGGAUUUGUCACACUGAUCUAGGUUGUGGCACAGCUCCAGACGGGAGUCCGGGAUUUCCGGUGUCUCCAUAUCCACGGGUUCUGGGACACGAGGGUGCCGGCAUUGUGAGAGAAGUCGGCCCGAAGGUUAGCAAAGUAGGGCCUGGGGAUGCAGUACUCCUGUCCUUCGCAUUUUGCACUCAAUGCCAUAGUUGCCAAUUUGGUGCCCCUGGAUACUGCUCUCAAUUCUCCCAUAUUAACUUUACGGGCGACGGUAAAACAUUCUCCACCGCUGACGACAACACUCGCAACGUUGCCGGCUCAUUCUUUGGCCAGUCAAGCUUCUCGAGGUUGACCAAAGUCCAGGAAACAUCUAUCGUGAAAGUAAAUGAGUUAAUCAAGGAUGAGGAUGAAUUGAAGCUUUUCGCACCGUUAGGUUGCGGAAUUCAGACUGGGGCCGGCACAGUAACAGAGCUAGCGAGCGCAAAGGCUGAUGAUACAGUUGCUGUUAUAGGUCUCGGGGGUGUUGGACUAGCUGCCAUCAUGGCUGCGAAACUCCGAGGCUGCAAAUCCAUCAUUGGUAUAGAUCGUGUUGCAGGGCGCAUCGAGCUCGCAAAAAAACUUGGGGCAACAGACGGCAUCAACACUGCCGAAAUCCCUGACUCUCUGACGGAUGAAGUUCGAAAAAUCACGAAAGGUGUUGGAAGCACGAUUACCAUCGAUGCGACCGGUGUUGUGCCUUUGAUUCAGCAGGGUGUUGAAUUCACUGCCCAUCAGGGCAAGAUGAUCUUGCUUGGAGUAGCACCGAUGGAUGCCGGUCUGCAGAUACAAAUUGUCCCGUACAUGGUGACCGGCAAAAUGAUUUUCGGAAGUAUGGAAGGCGGUGUCUACCCGGAAGAAUAUAUACCACAAAUGAUUCGGUGGUACCGGUCGGGGAAAUUUCCCGUGGAUAAGCUCGUCAAAUUCUAUCCUGUGGAGAAAUACGAACAAGCCAUUAGGGAUAUGGAAAAUGGAACGACAAUCAAACCCGUUCUACUAUGGUGA